AAUGAAGACUUUUUUGUGCUUCAUUACAGGCUUAGAUAUUUAAGCAUCACCUUUAGAAUUCUCUUUCAUUUGCAGUGUAGUGAGCUGUUAGCUUGUCAUCACAUGCAAAAUACAGUAUUAGCCCUUAAAAACAAAAAAGCAAAUUCUGCUUCCAGAUGGUGUCACCCUUUUUCUUCUUGCAUUUACUGUAGUUUAAAUAAUGUAUGUUGUAUUGUUAAGUAAUGUGAAUAUCAAAUUAAAGCACUUGAAACAUACAUAUUUAUAAUGCAGGUAGGAGGCACGUCAAAUCUAUUUUUAACUCUUACGCAGUCCACGUUGUGCAAUGGGCUUUGGGUGUGGAGUUUAUAUUUUCAGCAGUGAUAUCAAUAGGCUGAUUUUCAGCAAAUGACAAGUGACAAGUGGCCUUUGCAGUGGUCAGCUUUACUCUUUGAACCCUCUCAGGGUGUGGGGAGAGACAACAUUGUGUUGCAGUUUCAGAAAAUCUUGUAUGUGGACAUCUUUUUUUUUUUUUUUUCCCCCACUCCUGCUUUACCUAUUGAUAAAUUCAGUUCUUAUGAUCACAGUCUAUUCAAGCUGCUUCCCAUCUGAUUUUUGACAAUUGCUUCUAAAAAUUUAUCAAGAAGACCAAGAAUUCAGUUGAUCUCCAUCGCUUUGCAUAAAAAUGGCUGAGUAUAUUGCCAUGUUAACACUGCUUUAGGAGGUACACUCAGAUGACAGUCAUGUCCCAUUCAAAGGAUCUCAAGGAUAACUUUCAUAGUGACACGGUAUUAUCCAUUUUAAAUGAACAGCGCAUUCGGGGUAUUUUAUGUGAUGUCACUAUAAUUGUGGAAGAUACCAAAUUUAAAGCCCACAGAAAUGUACUAGCAGCUUCAAGCCUUUAUUUCAAAAAUAUUUUUUGGAGUCAUACGAUCUGUAUUUCUGGACAUGUCCUGGAGUUAGAUGACCUUAAGGCUGAAGUAUUUACUGAAAUACUUAAUUAUAUCUACAGUUCCACAGUAGUUGUUAAGAGACAGGAGACUGUAACAGACCUUGCAGCUGCGGGGAAAAAACUGGGAAUAUCAUUUCUGGAAGAUCUUACAGACAUUAAUUUUUCAAAUUCCCCUUGUCCAUUUGCAUUUUGUAUUACUGAAAAAGGGGUGGUCAAAGAAGAAAAAAAUGAAAAAAGACAUGAAGAUUCAACUAUCACAAACGGGCCAAGAAUCACAAAUGCAUUUUCAAUUUUUGAAAAUGAAAAUAAUAAUUUGUUUUCUCCACUUGACUUGAGAGCGAGUUUUAAAAAGGUAUCUGAGACCAGUAAAGUAACCAAUGUUGGCCUUGAUAGGGAUGAUGUUGGAAAAGAUGCUGAGCCAGCCAGUACGUUAGCUGAACACUCCUAUGCAGUUUCUUCUGGAGGUGAUGCUUUUCAAGGAACUCCUUUUUUAGAACAUGACAGCAGCCCCCUGAAUAAAAUGAGUGAAGACAAUUAUGAAACUCUCCAGACAACACCGCUACUUCAACCAAUAAAACAAGCAUGUGGUACACCAAAGAUGGCCUUUAAACCCCAGUGUACUGGUCUGGCUAUAGCAAAAAUGUCAGCCCCCAAAGUAACCAAUAAAGAGGUUCAACAAGGAGCAGUUACAGAUCAAGCGAUUAUUCCUUUCCCUCAUGAUAAGGCAGGAGACUUACUUUUUUCCACAGAAGAGGAAAAUAAAUCUGCUAACAUCCCUGGAUCCAAAGGAACAGUUAUUCCACCUGUUUACAGAUGUAACUUUUGUACUAGAUUAUUUGAUGAUAGAGCUUUACUCAGUACCCAUCUUCAGCUUCACAUAAAUCAUCAGGAACCUUUAACAUGCAAAUACUGCAGCAAGCAAUUUGCAGAUCUUAACAUACUGGAGAAUCAUGAACAAGUCUGCAGGAGUUCAGGCAGCAUAUCUGUUCAGAGCGGAAAUGAACAAAAAUGUUUAGAUAACUAUACUACUACUGAUGAAAGAAAUGGAAGCUCACAUGGAAACACAGAGCCUCUGUUGUCUGAAAACAAUAUUACUGAUUACUCCAGUGCAAACUGCACCUUGCCAGAAACAGAUCAUUUGGUUAAAGUUGUUGAUGGGCAGAUAUUAUAUACAUGCAUUGUUUGCAAACGUAGCUAUGUAACAUUGUCCAGCCUUCGAAGACAUGCAAAUGUGCAUUCAUGGAGAAGAACCUAUCCUUGCCAUUACUGCAACAAAGUAUUUGCAUUAGCUGAAUAUCGUACCAGACAUGAAAUCUGGCACACAGGAGAAAGGCGUUAUCAGUGCAUUUUCUGCCUUGAGACUUUCAUGACCUAUUAUAUACUAAAAAAUCAUCAGAAAUCUUUCCAUGCAAUUGACCAUCGACUUGCAGUAAAUAAAAAAACAGCUAAUGGAGGCUUAAAGCCUAGCAUGUAUCCUUACAAACUUUAUAGACUUUUACCUAUGAAAUGCAGAAGGCUACCUUAUAAAUCCUACCAGAAUUCUUCAUAUGAAAAUGUACAAGCAAACAACCAAGUUAAUGAAGCAACUUCUAGUACCUGCAUUAUUCAGAAUUCUCUCAACUCUGAACUACCUUCGCUGAAUUUUCAAAAUAAUAUAUUAACAAACAAUACCACUAUUUCCUUGAAUACAUCUUCAUGCAAUGAUGCAACAUUUUCUAUGAAUAUUCAGAAUGUUUCACCUUGGGCAGUAGGAAUGUUAAAUUCUGACCUACAAAGUGACUUUUUUACUGCAGAAAAAUCAGUGCCCACAGCUGCAAAUGAACUUAGUUCUGGUUCUCAGGAAUGUGAUUCCUCCAUUCUGUCUUUCAGUAAUGUGAGUGAAAAGUCAGCCUCUGUUAUUAACUAUAGCAGCUCAGCACCCUCGGUUAUAAUGCACAGUAGUAGAGUUUCAUCAGUAAUAAUGCACAGUAAUGCAGUCACUUCUGUGGGAAGCAGUAAGACAAUAUGCUCCAAUAAUACAGCCAAUCAGUCCAUAAAAGAUGACUGUAAACAUGGGUCAGAUAAUUAUGGCAAAGGCAUUACUAAAGCAAAAACUAUUAAAGAAAAAAAGAAAACACUUCUGUACAAUAGAGGAGAAACACUCGAGGAAUUACAGUAUAUUACAGGAUCUGGAAGUUCAUCUAACAAGGCUACAGAUACUUUUCAAGAAUCAAGUAAAACUGAAACCUACAUUGCAAAGCCUGCCUUACCUGGAACAUCUACUGAUAGUAAUGUUGCUCCUCUUUGUCAAAUAACAGUAAAAAUUGGGAAUGAGGCUAUUGUAAAAAGACAUAUUUUAGGAUCCAAACUGUUUUAUAAAAGAGAAAGAAGGUCUAAAUGUGACUCUGAACAGGCCAAUCAGCCUCAGGAGACUGAAACAGAGAGAAAAGAAAGAAGCCCAGCUAGGCUUUGCAGAUCAGAAUGUAUGGAACUGACUGAAAUGUGCGAUGAUGUAAGUGAUCAGGAUUCCAAUGACAAACCCUGGAGACCUUAUUAUAAUUACAAACCAAAAAAGAAAUCUAAACAGCUAAGAAAAAUGAGAAAAGUCAAAUGGAGGAAGAAUCAUGGGAACAAGAACUCCAGUAGUGAAAGUCAAAAUAUGUGCAAUAGAGAGUAUGCACUUAGAAACAUUCCUGAAGAAAAUGGCGUCAAUAAAGAAGGAAACACGGAAAUGCCUAAUCUUCAUUGUGAGCUCUGUGAGAUAAAGAAAUCUUCCACUGAAGAAAUCAAAGAACCUAUACAUUGGCAUGUACCUACUUCAAAGCCUUAUAUUUGUGAAUUAUGCCAAAAGCAGUUCCAGAGCCCAUCCACACUAAAAAUGCAUAUGAGAUGUCAUACUGGGGAAAAGCCCUAUACUUGUAAUACCUGUGGUAAGUGUUUUUCAGUUCCAGGAAACCUACAGAAACAUGAACGCAUUCACUUGGGUGUCAAGGAUUUUGUCUGUCAAUAUUGUAGUAAGGCAUUCACUUUAAAUGAAACUCUCAAAAAACAUGAAAGAAUACAUACUGGAGAAAAACGCUACCAUUGUCAAUUCUGCUUACAGAGUUUUUUAUAUCUUUCUACCAAAAGAAAUCAUGAGCAAAGACAUGUACAUGAACAUAAUGGAAAAGGAUAUGCUUGUCUUCAGUGCCCCAAAAUUUGCAAGACAGCAGCUGCUCUUGGAAUGCAUCAGAAGAAACAUGUAUUCAAAAGCCCAAGUCAACAGGAUAGAGAAGAGUAUUUGUGUAAUGAAAGCUCUAAACCUUUGGAAAAUCAAGAUUUCAUUGACUCAGAUAGGAAUGAAGUGAAUAGUAUACAGAGUAUGACUCCAAAAGUUAUACUUUGAGCGACAGUUGUCAAAAACAAGAAAAGAGCACUGACAAAUAUAUUGGAGAAAAAUAUAUAGAAAUGUGGAAUGCAAAGGAAACUCCAGAUUUGGGCAGGUUCAAAAAAUGAAGAUGACAUUUCUUCAUCCAAAUAACUUUCAUAUAUUAGUACAGUAUAUGCAAAAAAUACACUGCAACAGAAAAGCUAUUUGCAAUAGUGUAAACAUAGCAUGAGGGAGAAUGAAAGCCUGAUCCAAAAUAGUUCUGCAACAGUAAACGGUUGUAAUGCAUACACUGAAGAAAACAGUAGGUCCAAUCAAAACCUUUUUAGUAGGAGUUACAAGUAACUAGCCACUGAACUGUCUUAAAGGUACAAUACUGUAUUUGAUUCUGAAUCACUCUGGACGACAUAAUAGCCAGAUAUAUAGGUUCAGAGUAGAUUCACUAUGAAGAAUUUGUGCUACAGAAGAUGAUGUGAUGUAGUUAUACUCAAACUUUCAUGGUAUUGUGUUUAUAAAUGAAAAACAAAAUUUAAAAGACCAUGGCCUAAUGUAUACAGUAUCUUAAAAUAAUCCAGUAAAGAUGGGAAAUGUUUAUUGAAUGUGAGUAUGAAAUAUAGUUCAGUUCUGGAAAACUUUUCUCUAUCUCGAACCUUGGUUUAUACUGUUGUAUGAAUAUUACAUUUUACCUUAUCUAUAGUCAAUUUUACAAUUACAUUGAUAAGCAGUGGGUAUCUGAGUGUCAGUGAGGAUUGGAAACCCUAAUUCAUGAUACCACUGUGGUAUUCAAAAAAUGUUCAUCUUAAAUAUUAAGUCUUCCAAGCUGCAUUAGUCCUAUCAACUGUAUGGCAGGCCAACUAAUCCAGGGGCAAGUCCAGAUUUAUUGUUGUAGAAGCCAAAUGAAACACACUCCAGCUUCAUGAUCAAGGAGCUGUGGAACUGUCCAGUGUAAAGACCUUGUGUAAAUACAUUCCCCACCUUCCAGUGGCUCUGCAGCUCUUGAAUUUUUUGAACCAUCUUGCUUCUUGUUGCAGGAUGCUUAGUCCAUGAGAGUUCCUCCAGCUGGAAUAAUUCCACACAUGCCAUGAGCAGGAGUUGGACUAGAUCUUGGUCUUCAAAUGAGUGGGCUAAAACCAACAAAUAAAAAAUUACCCUUUUGCUUUGCUUUUUUGAGUGGUAGGGGUGGGAAAUAUUUAGUUUCUUUCAUCCAUACGUCAAUCAGGGCUGUGUCAUUGCCUCUACACACUUUCAUCUAUACACACGUUUGAGACAGUCCCCUGUGGAACUGGAGCAUAGGCCAGUCUACUGUGGAGGAGGAGUGGUCUCCUGCCCUGGCAGUCUUUUUAAUUUAGUGGGGAUAGGAGCUUGCCCUGGCCCAUGCCCAUAAUCCAGUUGCUGUUUCUUAGAGUAUGGUGUAUUAACCAUUGGGCCACAUGCUGGCCCAAUUUGCUGUCUGACAAUAAAUAGAGAGCUAAUCAUAUGCUUUGGGUUGCAGCAUCUUUACGGUUCUUCCUUAGAUGAAGAAUGUUCAUCCAGGGAAAGGUACCCCCCACCAAACUUUAUGCCAUGAGCCUGAUUUCUGUAUAUAUGCUGAUCAGUCUUGGUAGAGAUGCAGAUUCUGUUUGAGUAAGAAAGGAGUUAGUAUUCUGAGACUGUUAGAAAGGUAGUACAACUCCUCUCUGAUUGAGGAUUAGUCUCUGAGGCUGCAUGCUUACAACCUGGCUCAGUGUUCUUCUCUGGACAGACACCAGUCUUUUUGGUGAACACAACUGCUGGAUCCCACAUGCUUCUAAUACCCUAAAUCUGGUUAGAGCUGGGUCAGUGUCCCUAGCUCUGGGUCUCUGAGUUUUUGUCUCCAGGAAUGUUUAGUUUGUGGCAAGUUGGGCUGUGAAUCUACCCUGCACUCAUUGGCGUGAAUCUCUUGAAGUUGAGGAUGAUUGUCUUUCAUGGAUUGUCGAUUUCAAAUUAUCUGUGGGGCCACUGAUGUAAGGCCUAUUCUGGAGCUGCAGAUUCUGCCACAUUGCAGACAUGUGUUUUCAAGCAGGGCGGGUGAACCUGGGAUAUUGAUUUGGGCCAUAGCACAGUCUUUCUGUUGCUUCCAUUUUUCAGUUACAUGUAGUUGCAUCUGAUUCUCGAAGUGCUGAGUUCUCUGCCUCAAGCAGUUUCUCUGUUGUCAGUCCUGGAUUAUGUGUUCCCACGAGUUGAUGUCAAUAUUGCAUUUCCUCAUGUUAGCCUUGAAGAUGUCCCUGUAGCAUCUAUUCUGCCCUCCUGGCGCAUGUGCGUUGGUUGAAUUGAGAGUAGAAAACUUGUUUUUGGCAGUCUGGAAUCAGGCAUCCAGACAACAUAGCUUGCCCAGCAAAGCUGAUGAUAAAUAAUCAUCGCCUUGAUGCUCAUAAUAUUGACUUGUGAGAGGACGCUCAUAUUAGUGUGUCUAUUAUCCCAUUUGAUUCGGAGAAUCUUAUGCAUACAGCGUUGAUACUUCUCCCAUACCUUACGAUGUCUCCUGUAUAUUGUCCACGUUUCAGCGCCAUAUAGUAGGGUGGAGAUUACAACAGCUUUAUAGACCAUGAGUUUGGUUUUGGUUCUGAUAUUGCAAUCUUGAUACACCCUCUCUCUCAGAUGAUCAAAAGUUCAGCUUGCACAUUUGAGACUAUAUUGGAUUUCUUCAUCAAUAUCAGCUGUCUGUGAAAAGUGGCUCCCAACAUAUGGGAAGUGCGCAACAUUCUCUAGAGGGUUAUCGUGGAUCUGUAUUGCCAAUGCUGGGAAUUGUGCUCCAGGAGCUUGCUAAUGGAGGAAUGUUUUCUUCUGGACGCUAAACAUCAGUUCCAUUUUCUGAUAUGCUUCAGCAAAGAUGUGGAUGAUCACCUGAAGAUCUAUUUCUGGGUGAACACACACUACAGUGUCGUUAGCAUACUGAAGCUUGAUGACUGAAGUUGGCGAUGUUUUCAUUCUGGAUUGGAAGCAGCUAAGGUUGAACAGCAUUCAAUCCAUUUGGUAAAUUAGCUGCACUCCUACCAGGAUCUUAUCCUUGAUCAAAUAAAGCAUCGCAGCAAGGAAGAUGGAGAAGCGCGUGGGGGUAAUGACACAGCCCUGAUUGACGCCUGUCUUAACCUUACAAGGAGUCAUAGUAGAUCCAUUGUGGAGGAUCACUGCUUGUAUGUCAUCAUGAAGGAGAUGAAGAAUGGUGACAAAUUUCAGUGGACAACCAUACAUCAGAAGGAUUUUCCACAAUGCUUCCCUGUUAAUGGAGUCAAAGGCUUCUGUCAGGUCAGUAACGCCAUGUAUAGUGGUCUGUGGUGUUCUCUACAUUUUUCCUGCAGCUGGCGAGCAGUGACGAUCAUGUCAUUAGUGCCUCUAGAAGGUCUAAACCCACACUGAGAUUCAGGAAGAAUAUCUUUGGCAAGAGCAAGAAAACAGUUCAGGAAAAGUCUUGCAAGGACCUUUCCUGCAGUUGCUAACAGAAAGAUCCUCUAUAAUUUCCAGUUGGAUUUAUCUCCAAAAUUAUGCAAACAGAAAAAUCAGCUUAGAGACUCUCAACGAUCCAGUAAAGCAUGAUCUCUUCCACCAAUGCCUCAGCAUAAAUACCUCGAAAUAGCCUGCCUCAGAUUAACUGUCCAUGUGGACCGUGCUGAUGCACAUCAGACUGCAUUAAUGAAUUGUUAAAAUUUGUCAGCAGAGUCCACAUAGACAGUUAAUCUAUGGCAGCCUACUCAAGAGUAGAUUCACACCCCAGCUUGCUGUGAACUAAUUGUUUGUGUAGACAAGCCCUAAGGUGCACUCCUAGCUACAGACCCCCAUGUCUGCCAUUCUUCCUUGGGAUGUGGGACACUGCAGCCUGACCUGCCUUGAACCCUGAAGCCAGUGCCUCAGCACUCCCAACCCCCCAGUGGCUUAUAUGUGUCCCCUCAGUGUGAGAGCUUUGAGCUCCUACAAAACGGCAGGCAAGCAAAAAAUACAGGCUUAGCAAAGACAUUUCUUAACCACAGUCACUUAAGAAAGCACUAAAGAGUUACAGCGAUCUGCAAAAUAACGAACAGCCUUGAGAUGCCCUCCUUUUAGCGUUAUCUAACCCCUUCUGUGAGCCUGAGGUCUGAGCAUUGUUUCAGGUGAGGCAGACACUCCUGCCUUCUCUCUUGCUCCAGUCUUGUCUUCUGGCUUGUGGCAAUGGAAGGCUCCCAACCCCGCUUAAAUACAAUUGUCCCUUUUUUGCCCUUGUUCUCCAACUGGGAAAUUCCAUCCUAUUCCCCCAGUCAGGCUGCUGUGUAGUGUCCAAUGUCCUAUGGGGAUGGCUGGUAGUGGAGAGACUGUCAAUUGAUGACCCUAGAUGGCUAGAUGAUGGCUCCUCAGCCAUAGUCAUCCUCCAACAGCCAGAAGCCAGAAAUAUUCAUUUGGUGACCCUUAGAGCUCUAUAAGGUCCUAUGUUACCAAGUCUGGCAGAGGUCAGCUCAAAAGAGACAUCCAGUAAGAGCAGAGUUUUACAGUGAAUAUUGUUUUGGUGACUGGAACAAAGGAUCUAAUUUUGAAGAAGAUGGAGAAAACACUUUUUAAAAAUGGUCAAGGAAGGUAGAUGACUGUAAUCUACAUUUUAUACCAUAGGGCUGAUCUGAUAAGUAUCCAUAAUACUGCAUCUGUAUUAUCUAUUCUUCAUGUAUUUUCAUCUGUAUACAGUAUUAUAAAAUAAAGGGCAGGACAAAGAUUGGUGAACCUUAGCUCAUUCUACAUAAAGAUAUGAUGCACAUUUUGUUUACUUAUUUGGUUUUUUAUUAUACAUUAUAAAGAAGUGAUAUCUGGGUAUGAUAAAACUACACUUGAACUGAUAGUGCAGUAAUCAAUUAAAUAAUAGUAUCGUCCACUUAUUUCUUCUGCCAGGGAUGAAUUAUAUGAAUCAAUGAGAGGUUUGGUUCCAUAGCAGCUUUAGGUCCAGACAACUGGGAUUAUGAAAUAAAUACAAUACAAAUGUAAUGAAAUACAUGGGGAUAUUUUCUAAGUCGAUUUAUAUGCUGAUCAUUCUAGACCAAAGCAAAUCAGGUAGAAUAUUUAUACAUAAAAGAUAAUUUUACAAAUAGUUUAUAUAACUGUAUCAUUCAUAAGAAAAAUAUUGAUAGCUUGUGUUAGGCUUGGUGGUUGCAUAUUUUGAUAAAAACACAAUGACUUUAUAAUUCUGUAUAUUCUCUACAGUUUAUAGCAAAGGAAUUUUUAAAAUGGCCAUGUCAUGUUUAUAGUUAAUUGUAGGACUUUUAUCGCAAGUAACAUGUUGAAGUAAUGAGUCAAGUACUAAUGACCAAACUGGAAUUAAAAUAAGUGUAAAAAAUGGAAAUAUUGUACACUGUAAAAUAAUAUAACUUGUUACAUAAUUGCAUUUGAAUUUUGUUUAGAAAUACUAUUAAAUGCAGAUAUUAAGGGUUGGGGGAAAGUCUAUUUUAUUUUUAGAAAGAGUGAUUAUAAUUCUGGUUGUGUUUGAUUAAAAUAACCUGUUCCUAUUUUUAUAAGUCUCUCCAUUUUUUAAAAUGAUUUCAAUAUUGACUUAUUUUUAUAAUUUACAUGGUCAACAGAUUUGUAUCUCCUAUUUUACUCAUCAGCUAUAUUUAGUAUUUUUUAUUUCAAUAUAAAAUUUGUAUUAAGUAUGAAGGGAUGACAACACAGUAGCUACCGUAUUUAUAAACUCAAAAUAAUACCAUUUUGAAAAACAUUUUCUAAACUUAAUUUAAUUUGAUGUUCCGUAAAAGGUGGACAGCCUUGAAUACAGAAGUGCUUAGUUUAUGCACAGAAUACAAGCUGGGCAGCAGUACUGCAAGCUUCCCUACAACAACAUCAAAACUGUUCUAUAGGGUCCACCUCCAAAAAUUAAAAAGUAAUUCCGUCUCCAUCUCAUUCAUUUCCAGGCCAAUUGGGAUGAUAGCUUUUGUGAUAUGGAUAUUGGCCCACUAGGAUUGGAAUAAAAGAACCAACUAAUUUGCUGAAUUAGCUUGUGACAUUUCUACCAACCUGAACUAAUAUUAUAUUAUAGGAGAAACAGCAUAUGAUCGCUCGUGUAAUUAAAGACUAUAUAUUCAUUCAUAUGCAUAGAUGUACACUAUAAUACACAUGCACAGAUGUACAGUUUUAAGGUUGUGCAAAUCUUUAAUGGUUAUUUCCUAGCUUUUGUGUGCGUGUGCAUGCAACCUUAGUGUUCUCUAAAUGUAGGUUUAAUAGUUAUUUAUUAAUAAACAUUUGAAAAGUUCUUUUAAGAUAAGGACAUUUUAUAGCACAUGGAAAAGACCGGGGGUGAAGUCCUGGUCCCACUUAAGUCAGUGGCAAAACUCGCAUUGUCUUCAGUGGAGCCAGGAUUUCACACAGGGUUAUCCUGAAGACCAAAGGAAUGUCUGGCUUGCAGUCUUUUGCUCAUAGAUUCCAAUUUCAGAAGGGAUCGUUCUGAUCAUCAUCUAGUCUGACCUCAUGCAUAACACAGGCUAAUCCUACACCAUUUAUUUUAGAAACACAUGCAGUCUUAAUUUAAAAAUUAUUGAUGGAGAAUCCACCACAACACAUGAUAAAUUGUUCUAAUGGUUAAUUACUCUCAUUGUUUAAAAUAUAUGCGUUAUUUCCAAUCUGAAUUUGUCUAGCUUCAAUUUACAACCAUUGGUUCAUGUUGUACCUUUCUCUAUUACAUUGUAAGAUCCAUUAUUAAAUAUUUGUUCCUCAUGCAGAUAUGUAUAGAUUGUACUAAGUCACAUUUUAACCUUCUCUUUGUCAAGCUAAUUAGAUUGAGCUCCUUGAGUCUAUUACUAAAAGGCAUGUUUUCAAGUAUUUUAAUCGUUCUUGUGGCUCUUUUGUGAACCCUCUCCACUUUAUCAACAUUCUUCUUGAUUUAUGAACACCAGAACAGGACACAGUAUUGCAGCAGUGGUCAUCACCAUUGCCAAAUGCAAAGGUAAAAUAACCUUUCUACUCCUACUCAAGAUUACCCUGUUUAUACAUUGAAGGAUUGCAUUGGCCUUUUUGGCCAUAGAAUUGCACUGGGAGCUCAUGUUCAGCUGAUUAUGUACCACCCCCCGCCCGUGAUGCUUCCAAGGAGUACCCAGGAUUGUGUGGUACUUCCCUACCACCUGCCCUUAAUGUGAGGAAGUCUUGUCUGUGACUGCUGUGGAUCAGCUCCCUGAAACAGAUUCUGGCAACACAAGCGCUAGCUUCUAAGCCUCCGCAGACUCACUCUCAUUACAGGUUAGCAAUAGUCACACCGCACCCACAAAUCCUUGAGUGUUCCCUGUAGUGUGCAACUCCUUACCCACUGAACACUCGCAGAAUUACUAGGCCUGCUGUUCCUAAAAGAACACACAGCACCUAGAUAUAUUUAUGGUGAAAACAGAAAUAAGUUUAUUAUCAAAGACCAGAGAUUCAAGUGAUAGUAAGAAUAUGGGAAAAGAAAUUGUUAAUUUAAAACAAAAUCAUAACACAAUUUCUAGAGACAAAGCUUAACUAACAAGUUAUCCUCCUGUCUAAAGAAGCUUAUCUCACCCAAAGUUCUCUCCAGUCUUUUCAGCACACCCUGGUUGAUAUCCCUUUUUCAUGAAGCAAACUCGCUUCCAUUUACUUUGUAGGUGAAGGAUGCUAGGAUGUCUUUUUUGCAACCCUAAAUAUACUAGCACAGACCUUUUGAUGUGCACCUCAGAAUAGGAUUUCCCUCCACCCCUUCCCUAGUUUACUUCUUCCUGUUACUUUCUUCUAUUUGAAGAUUUCACAACUCUUUAUUAGCAUUCGGAUUAGACUGGUGAGUGGAGGCCCAUUAUGAACCAUACAAUACUUUAAUUUACAUAUAAACAAACAAACGUUUCUUGCCUGAAAGUAAACCUGUUUUUCACAUUUGCUGGUGACCAGUCCCUAGACACAGCCCUUAAGAAUAUAAUUUUCAUUUUAUAUACAUGACUCUUUACACAACAUCCGUACAUGUGUUUUGAAUGAUAUUGAUGACCACCUGUAUGAUGCAGGUUUUGUCUGAGACAUCACAGGUCCCCAUUUGGUGAAUGAAAAUGUAAAUAUCAGACCAGGAGAUUCCUGUACCCUUAUGCAUCACCCGUAUGCCCCACUGCCAGUUGGCAUCAGGAGGUCCAUGCUCACAUAACCUGCAAAUCUUUUUCAGACACACUGCUUCCCAGGAUAAAGUCCCGCAUCCUAUAUUCUUUGUUCCUAGAUGUAUGCAUUUACAUUUUUCUGUAUUAAAACACACAUAUUGUUUGCUUGUACCUAGCUUACAUGUGACCCAGAAAAAAUCCUCCAAUUUUUGUGACAUCUGCAAACUUAUCAGUGAUGAUUUUAUGUUUUCUUCCAGGUCAUUAAUAAAAAUGUUAAAUAGUGUAGGCCAAGACCCGCUUCAAGCAGGACACCACUAGAAAUAGGACCCUGUUCAAAGAUGGUUCUCCAUUUAUAGUGAGACCUAUAAAAUAGCCAGUUUUUAAUCCAUUUAAUGUGUGCCAUAUUAAUUUUAUAUUCUAGUUUUUAAUCAGUACCAAGUCAAAUACUUUACUGAAGGGUAAGUAUAUUGCAUCAACACUAUUACUUUCAUCAACGCUAUCACCGUAAUCUCAUAAAAAUAUCCAAUUUGUUUGACAGAAUCUAUUUUCCAUUAACCCAUGUUGAUUGGCAUUAUUUACAUUACCCUCCUUUAAUUCUUUAUUAAUAGAGUCCUGUAUCACCUGCUUCUUUAUCUUUCCCAUGAUUGAUGUCAGACUGACACACCUAUAAUUACCGGGGUCAUCCUGUUUACCCUUUUUAAAUAUUGGCACAACAUUAGCUUUCUUUCAAUCUUCUGGAACUUGGCCAGUGUUCCAAGACUUAUUGAAAAUGAACAUUAAUGGUCCAUUGAGCUACUCAGCCAGAUCUUUUAAAAUUUAUGGAUGCAAGUUAUCCAGAACUGCUGAUUUUAAAUCUCUAACAUUAGUAGCUGCUGUUCAUACAAUUAGACCAUACCUUUCUCCCUGGAGUAGCAAAGCUCACAAUUCCAUUUUUGUCCAAGGGAAGAAAGUCUAUAAACACUUCAUCCUUAAGGCCCAUCGCUAUGAGACAGCAAGUGCUUCUAUUGAGGGGCUGAGACGAGGUGAGAGCAUGCAGCAACUCAGAGGAAGUGCUCAACAUUUCAUGGGAUCAGACAUUUGAGUAUGAAAUGUAUUUAUAUAAAUGCUCAAGUGAAUAAAGUUGAUUAUGUAGUACCUGA